AUCUCUUAGCAUUGGGGGUAGCAUCCAACCGUUUAACUGGGAAAUUGCCAAAGAAGUAUGCCAAUCUUAAAAGAUUGCUAUCAUUUGCGGUAGCUGGAAACAACUUGUCCGGUCCAAUUCCCGAAUAUUUUACCCAAUGGAACCAACUAUAUUAUCUGGAUCUCUUAGGAAAUAAAUUUGAAAAUCAGAAUCCACCAUUGGGUAUCUUUAAUUUGUCAGAGCUUCAUUAUUUGUACGUUAGUGACGUUAAGAUUACAGGAUCAAGUUUCGAGAUGCCAGAAUUGAUUAACCUGAAAAAUAUAGAAAAAAUAAUAAUCAGAAAUUGCUCCAUUAUUCGCGCAAUCCCGGAAAGCAUCAGCAACUGUUCAGAAUUAACAUACCUAGACUUGAGCUUUAACAACUUGACGGGUGGAAUUCCAAAAUCUAUGGAGAAUCUGAAGUUGAAUAAGCUGUUUCUAACAAGCAAUAUGCUUAGUGGGAAUGUCAACCUUUCCUGGUUAAAGAAAAUGGAACUAGCGGAUCUUUCGUUCAAUAAUUAUACUACUUCCAUAUUUCCUUCAAAUCCGACAAAGAAUAUGAGGUUAGACAAUAGGACUAUUGAUAUUGUGAGAGCAAAGGCAAAGACAGAGACAGAUUUUACUGAACCGAGCAGGAGUUCCAUAUCGAGGAUGGGUAAAGCUUUUUGUGGAGACAAACACCGCAAAUACGAUUCCCUUCGUAUAAACUGUGGUGGUAGUAUUACAAGAGUACCUGGAGCUGAGGAUGAAUAUGAAGCUGAUAAUCACACAUCCAACUUUUUUGUAAGUUCAAACCGUCGCUGGGCUUAUGUUUGCACUGGAGAAUUCAUGUUUACAGAUGCCAAUCAUAGAGACUACGUAAAGAAAGCUUCAUGUGGACUUUCGCCUUCUGAGGAAACCAUACAUGAAACUGCUCGCCUUUGCCCUCAGUCUCUAACAUACUAUGUCUUCUGUUUACAAAAGGGCGACUACAAUGUCACACUUCACUUUUCUGAAAUCGGUUUUUUGAAAAGGAAAAAUAAGAGCAACUUGCGGAAACGCAUAUUCGAUAUUUACAUUCAGGGGAAGAGAGAAAAAAAGGAUUUCAGCACUACAAAUUCGAUGGCUUCAAACAUAUCAAUCAUAUCUCUAAAGACAACUGUAAAUGAGGAUAGUCUACUGACGAUCCAUUUUUUCUGGGCUGGAAAAGGGUCUCAAUAUCUCCCAAAUUAUCUUAGUGGACUUCUCAUUUCUGCUAUUAUUGUAACUCGUGUCCGAGGAGAAAGUGGCCCCUUUACUAGCAAGAUAAUAGGGAUUGUAAUUGGCUCUGUAUUAGCUGCCUCUCUUUUAUUAUUGGCUUUCAUGUGGAGAAUUGGAUGGAUAGGAGACAGAGAGUUGCGCGUGACGUCCGUGAAACUUCGGGACAAGUGGUAUACCCUUAAACAAGUUAAAGAUGCAACUCGAAAUUUCAGCCCUAGGAAUGAGAUUGGUCAGGGGCGAUUUGGGAUAGUAUACAAGGCUGAACUGCCAGAUCAAACGGUAGCAGUCAAGAAGCUUUCUCUUCAAUCAAACCUUGAUCAAGUAGGAACAGAAGUUUAUGCCCUGAAAAACUUGAAACACGAUAAUCUUGUCGAACUUUUGGAUGCCUAUUCUAAAAAAGACUUGAACUUGUUGAUAUACGAAUACAUGGAAAGAGGCUCACUUGAAAAAGCCUUGUUUGAGGAUCAAGAUUCCAAUAAACUGCAACUUGAUUGGCAAACAAGAGUUAACAUCUCCCUCGGAAUAGCGAAGGGUUUGAAAUAUCUACAUGAAGAAAAUCCAAAUCGCCAAAUUAUUCACAGAAAUAUGAAAGCCAGUAAUAUUCUGCUUGAUGGAAAUCUUAACGCUAAGGUAUCAGACUUAGGACUGGCAAAGCUUUACGACGAGGAAAAUCCAUACAAUUUCAUCCAAGAAAUAGGGACAGUCGUAUAUAUGGCACCAGAGUAUGCAAUGCGGAAAGCCAUAACAGAUAAAGUUGAUGUUUAUAGUUAUGGAGUAGUUGUGCUUGAAAUAGUUAGCAGGAGAAUAAUGCAAAGGGAGGCUUAUGGAUUGGUGGAUAAAAAAUUGUCUACAUACUGGCAGCAAGCCCAUGAUAUCCUACACUUGGCGAUGAUGUGCGUUGAUCAGUCACCAGCUGUAAGGCCUACAAUGUCUGAAGUUGGUAGUGUACUAGAAGGUGAAAAAAACAUUCAGCAGAUUUCUAAAGCCGCACUCUCCUCAGCCUGA